AUGAGUUCCAAACAGCAGUUUGUCAAACUAAACGAUGGCCACUUCAUUCCUGCCCUGGGUUUUGGCACCUAUAAACCCCAAGAGGUUCCCAUAAGCAAGUCACUGGAGGCUGCCAACCUAGCUAUAGGUGCUGGGCUCCGCCAUAUUGAUACUGCUUAUGUAUAUCACGUGGAAGAGGAGGUAGGGCAGGCCAUUCAAAGCAAGAUUAAAGCUGGCGUUGUAAAGAGAGAAGACUUGUUCAUCACUACAAAGCUUUGGUGUACUUGCUUUCGGCCAGAACUGGUCCGGCCUAGUUUGGAAAAAUCACUAAAAAGACUUCAACUGGACUAUGUUGAUCUUUACCUUAUACAUUACCCAAUACCAUUGAAGGUAGGGGAUAAUGAUUUUCCAGUAGAUGAACAAGGGAAAUUACUAUUGGACACAGUGGAUUUCUGUGCCACGUGGGAGGCGUUGGAGAAGUGUAAGGAUGCCGGAUUGGUCAAGUCUAUUGGGGUGUCCAAUUUUAACCACAAGCAGUUAGAGAGAAUCCUGAAUAAGCCAGGGCUUAAGUACAAGCCUGUCUGCAAUCAGGUUGAAUGUCAUCUUUAUUUAAAUCAGAGUAAGCUGCUGGAUUACUGCAAAUCAAAAGACAUUGUUCUGGUUGCUUAUGGUGCCCUGGGAACCCAACGAUAUAAAGAAUGGGUGGAUCAGAACUCUCCAGUUCUCUUACAUGAUCCAGUUCUUUAUGAUGUGGCCAAAAAGAACAAGCGAAGCCCCGCCUUGGUUGCUCUGCGAUACCUGCUUCAGCGUGGGGUUGUGCCCCUGGCCCAGAGUUUCAAAGAAAAUGAGAUGAAAGAGAAUUUGCAGGUUUUUGAAUUCCAGCUGUCUCCUGAGGAUAUGAAAACCCUAGAUGGCCUGAACAAAAAUUUUCGAUAUCUUUCAACUGAGUCUUUUGCUGACCACCCUGAAUAUCCAUAUUCUGAGGAAUAUUAA